CCCGUGCAACUACAAGUCCCAUUACGCUCCGCGAAGUCUUGAUCGUCCGGCUUUUGCAGGGAAAGGAGUGGGGUGAACAUGGCUGAAGGCACCCAGGUUGACCCAACGUGCCGCGGGAUGGGUAGCAGGCAGGACCCGGGCUCCAGCAGUGGGAGCUGCAACUUUCCAGAGUACGAGCUUCCCGAGCUAAACACGCGUGCAUUCUAUGUGGGUGCUUUCGGGGAGCUGUGGCGUGGCCGGUUGCGCGGGGAAGGGGACUUGUCGCUGAAGGAGCCGCAGGCAUCCGAGCUGCCAGGGAGCCAAGGGGUCUCCGAGUGGGGCCAGGAGGAUGCUGCGAUGGCCCGGGAUCUGGGCUGCAGCCUGGAGGCUGCAGCGGAGCUGCGGACGGUGUGCGGCCUUGAUAAACUAAAGUGCCUUGAGGAGGGGGAGGAUCCAGAAGUCAUCCCUGAGGACACCGACUUAGUUACUCUGGGGAUUAGAAAGAAGCUUCUGGAACAGCGGGAAGAAACCAUAACAAUAGAUCGGGUUUGCAGACAAGAAACCUUUGCUUAUGAGAUGGAGUCACAUGCCAUAGGAAAAAAGCCUGAAAACCCAGCAGACAUGAUUGAAGAAGGGGAGCUUAUCCUAUCUGUGAAUAUCUUAUACCCCGUGAUAUUUCAUAAGCACAAAGAACACAAACCGUACCAGACGAUGUUGGUAUUGGGCAGUCAGAAGCUCACGGAACUCAGGGACUCAAUUUGCUGUGUCAGUGACCUCCAGAUUGGUGGGGAGUUCAGCAGCGCUCCUGACCAGGCUCCUGAGCACAUCAGCAAAGACCUGUACAAAUCAGCCUUCUUUUAUUUUGAAGGGACAUUUUAUAAUGAUAAAAGAUACCCUGAGUGCAGAGAUUUGAGCAGAACUAUCAUUGAAUGGUCAGAGUCCCACGAUAGAGGCUAUGGAAAAUUCCAGACCGCUAAGAUGGAAGAUUUCACCUUCAAUGACUUGUAUAUUAAACUGGGUUUUCCUUACUUAUAUUGUCACCAGGGAGACUGUGAACAUGUUAUUGUCAUUACUGACAUAAGGCUUGUCCAUCGUGAUGACUGCUUGGAUAGGACCCUUUAUCCCCUUCUUACCAAGAAGCAUUGGUUAUGGACCAGAAAGUGUUUUGUUUGUAAGAUGUACACAGCCAGAUGGGUGACGAACAAUGACAGUUUUGCCCCAGAGGACCCAUGUUUCUUUUGUGAUGUCUGCUUUCGGAUGCUCCACUAUGAUUCAGAAGGCACCAAACUGGGAGAAUUCCUUGCUUAUCCUUACGUUGAUCCUGGAACCUUUAAUUAAUAACAAAAGUGCACCCUUGUGAAGUAACUGCCCCCUUGGACGGUUACUUUAUUUCCAAAACCUGCCACUGAGGAACCAACUCCAGCUGACACAGUCAGUCAGUUAACAGCCCUGCACAAGUUCAAAUCGCAGGUUUUUUUUAAUAAUGUUAAAUUGUUUAGAAAUAUAUUUUUAGUAUUUAUUCCAAAAUAUGGUUAUUUAGUGCAUAUGCCCAUUAAGUGGGUUUAUCUUACUAAGUUGGAGUGCUUUCUAGAUUUUGAAUAUAAAUCCUUUGUCGGAUUCAAGUAUUUCUCAUUUUUGCCCAGUCUGUGGCCUGCCUAUUCAUUCGGUGUCCAGAGUGGUUUUGCUAAUCUGUAAUUAGAAACCUUCAGUUAAUGAUACAUCAAGUGGGAUCAUCAAGUGGUUUUGAAAAUUCUUGAAUGGGAGAGCUACACCUUGUACCGUGAGGCUUCCCAGGUUAUUGAUUAAAAGUCAGUUGAAUUCCACAUUACCUGGAUGGCUAAGAGCAGACAUUUACCAUACAAUAAAAACUGACGAAUCCUUUAAAAGACUGGCAGUGAAGUGUUUUGUGGACUUAAAUACCACAUUCCCGGUUAAGUCCACUGGUGUGCAGAGGACAGCGCCGGUCUCUGGUAUGUGACGACGGUCUCACUCACUGGUUCCAUAAACACACGAGAGGAUCAGAAUAAAGAACUAAGAGCCCCCCCCCCGCCCCCCGCCGGCUUCGGUUACUGUCUGAAUGUUUACUUUCAUGUUUCCCAUGAUGCUAAUAAGUUGACCAGAUUGAAAAUUCUGCUACAGAACUACUGAUUUAACCAAGUCCUGUAAAGUUCCAUGGGUAAAAAUGAUUUUCUGCUUCCUUUAUUUUUAAACUGUAUUCCUUAUAAAUCUUUCAUUAGUAUGCAA